UAUUUGUUAAACUUAUUGGCGCUUAUGUUUCACAACCAUAUUUUCAUAUAAAAAAAUUAUUUAUUAUUAUAAAUUGAUAACGUUUAAUUUUUAUUUAUAUAAAAUAAAAUAACUAAAUAAACGUUUACUCUUAAGCAUUUAAUCUCAAAUAUUAAUAAUUAUUAUAUAUUUUUGGGCCGAAUUAAUCCAUUCCAACUGGCCCAAAAGUUAAAUCCAAAAACCCAAAAUCUCCAUCGGUUACUUCUGUCCCCAUUGUCGUGUCUUUCUCUCUCUUUGUAUGGAGAAACCCCCAAUCGAAUCAUGCAAGGUGAAAGAUUCAAUUUUUGUACUCUUAAUCUUCUCCAUCUCUCUUAGUUAUUGAUUCAAGGGCACUGGAAUGGAACAAGAAGCAGGAGAAUCCUCAAUUCAAUUGGGGAGCUCAGAAGGUUCUAACUCAAGCAGCUCAGAUCCUGUAACACGGGUAAGGAAGCUGCUGUUUCACCGUAUGCUGGUGGGAAUCAAAGACGGCAGGUUUUUCUUGGGCACUUUCCACUGCAUUGACAAGCAAGGAAAUAUCAUUCUCCAAGAUUCAAUUGAGUAUCGUAGCACCCGACGUUCCUCUCCAUCCCCAAUGGAGCAACGAUGCCUUGGUCUAAUUCUCAUCCCUUCCUCUUGUCGAAUCUCUUGUCAUGUGGAUUGCUCCGUCCAGGAACAAUUGUCACUGCUGAAGGUUUAAGAAUUGAGACUCUGUUUCCAUAAAAUCUCUGUUUGAAAGAAAUUCAACAACAGUUUUUCCUGAUUUGUAAUCAUCCUAUAGUUUUUUUUUCCUGGAGUAAAUGUAAUUGCCUUGCUUUGAGUAAUGGAAGGGAUUAUGAUUGCUGCACUAUAGUGCUUUCAUGGUUACUGCUUGAGUAUUAAUAUUAAUUAUCAUUACUAUUUCUUUCUCAGCAUUUCGUGUGCACGCAUAACCUUUAAAUUUGGAAUUUGGGUUAUGGCUAAACUCAGAUAAAACUGAUUAUGCAAAUUCUCUUUUCCGACGCGAAAGCCAAAAUAUGAGGCUCAUCUCAUAUGUUGACAAUGAAGAAGGAACUAUUGCUCAUGUCAUAAAAAUUUCUUAUGAUAAGCUUUUAAACUCGUAAAGCCCACAUUUGAACUUCAGCGAUUGGGGCAAAACCCACUCCGAAAAAUCCCCCACUCUGGGCUGAACACAGAAUACUGUUGCCGAAAACUAGAACCUUUCCCAGUUUCCACACAGUGCACACCAUUUCUUUUCCGGAGGAAAAGCUUCAAUAAAUGCAGGAAUCCAGCAUUGAAUCUAAUAGUAGCAUAAGAGGGUUGAAGGCAAUGCUUCUGCUGAAAUCUGAAUAUAUAAUUAAAACCCAAACAAAGAUUUAAGUCGGAGAGCCUGGGGUUUUUUUUGGUGUGAGUGUGUAUAUUUCUAUCAUCAUAUACACGAAAAAGAAAAAACUUAAACAAAAUCUGAAAGUGGAAAUAGGGAUGUAUCUUUAAAGUACAUUGAGAAAAUACUUCCAAAAUUUGGAGUAUAUACUUGACUUCUUCUUUUACCUUGAACAUUUUCUCUGAUCCAAAACUUUUAUCCUCCAUUAAUUCUAAAGAUUUUUUGUUUCUUAGAUGUUCCAUAAUCCAUCCAUUCUAUAUCAAGAAAAGAAAAACAUGUAGGGUGGCGUGCAGCCAAUCCUAAAGAGUAAAGACAUAGAGGUUAGAGCGACCAGAGCCAGAGCCACAGUGAGAGAGAGACAGAGAGUCGUUGAGAGAGGCAACUGUAGCUCUGCAAAAGCAAUGCUUGUUGUGUCGACUUCAGGGAUAAUACUGAGGAAGAGCCAUGUCAAAUCAUGCUUAAACCUAAAACCCUGUUUUUUUUUUUUUUUUUUUGCUUUUCCUUGAUUAUCUAUAUUGACCCAUCUUGACAAUUUGUUCCUCUUAUGGUAACUCUGUCUCUCUUCUCUCAUAUGCCCCGUUUUUAGAUGCAAAAAAAAAAAAAAAA